AUGGACGGUAAGGAGGGUUGCUACAAGUAUGGUGAUAUAGGGUAUAAGAUGAGGGACUGUCAGGUGGCUUCUAGUAAAGAGAGGAAUUCUGAGAGGGCUCGAUGUAAAGGUGGGACUUCUCAACCCAAACCUGGUGGUGGUUUUAUUGCAUCUACUAUUUUCAAGUAUUCCAAUUAUGGGAAAAACCAUAAGAGAGAGUGUUUAGCAGGGUUGGAUACUUGUUAUAGGUGUGGAAAGCUGGGUCAUCAUGUAAAAGAGUGUAGGAGUGGUAUUAGACCUUUGGAUCUGGCCCAGACUACAUGUUGUCCAGAUCAAAGUGCUACUACGUCAGAUGGCGGUCAACGUUAA